AAAAAAAUGAACCAUUUUAAUACAGCAGAAUCUAUUGCGACAAACACACUAUUAAUACCCAAUAUACCCGACUGUUUCUUUGGUUGUGAUGAAGCCAUGCUUACUGUUCACGAUGCAUGUGCUUACUACGGACCAUUGUAUACGUUUGUACCAAUGAAGACAUUUCGACGCAUCAUGGUCAUUUACCAAGAAACUGAACAUGCAAUGAAAGCAAAGGCUGAAUUAGACAAAAGUACUGUUGUCUGGAAGAAUGGACCCAAAGAUAUAACUAUUAAAAAAGGCGACACUUCAGAGACCAACUCACGUAUACUAAGGUUUUACUAUGGACAGCACUUUUCUAUGCAUACAACUCAAUCGACACUAGAUGUACCACAGUUUCGGCGUAAUAUGUUGAUAUCACCACCAGGUUCUCCCUGUGAAGGCUGGGAACAGAUAGAAGAAGACUCACCUAAUAGACGUACACUGGCAUCUGACCUGAUUCAAGCCGUAGCUGACGUUUCAGAUUAUGAACUAGAUGAAGACGAACUCGACUUGGACUCGUCCACUCCUUCUUCAACAACACCGAUAUCCAAGAAGCUCAAUAUUGUGCUUGCAAAGGACAGGGAUACACCUGAACAUCUACCGGAGAUCACAGUAGAGGAUUAUGGUGAUAACACAGAUACUAAAAUACACAUACGCCCUGUGCCAGCAUCCAUGCCGCCAAUGCGUCAUUAAUAGACUUCUUUUAAAUAGCUCUUUUUUUUUUUUAUUUACUAAAACAUCAUCACUACACCAUCGCUACUAGUACUACUACUAUUACUACUACAACAAACAUACAAUAAAAAAAAGUCUUAUGGUUGAUAGGUGUUUGCUAAACGCUUUCCUACUUUUUUCAUCAAGGUGCCUUCUGCUUCCAAUUCCUUUUUCAGUAACUCUUCACCUAGCUGUCUUCGUCUUUCUUCCUCCUUGUCUUGCUCUUCUUCUGAAACAGAUUGUCUUUGCAGCUGCAGCUGCUGCCAUUCAGGG